CUCUUUAACCAAUCAGACGUCGUUUUCUCCGAGUAGGCCGAACAGCGCCGCAGAGAUUUUUGCCUCAUACACGUUCCCGGGUGAGGACAACACGGAGCGUUUCCUGCACUGGUGCAUGGUGGUCGAACAGGAGGAAUUGUUGGAAAUUUUUCGGAGCAGCAGCUAAAGCAUGCUCUUGGCCCAGAUAAACCGGGACUCACAGGGGAUGGCAGAGUUUCAUGAUGCAGAUGGGCAGCCAGUCACUCUCUGUCUGGCAGAAGCUGUGACUGUGGCAGAUGGUGAUCAAAUGGAGAGCAUGGAUACAGUAAGCCUGCAGGCUGUCACUCUGGCGGAUGGAUCCACCGCAUACAUCCAGCAUGAUUCGAAAGCUUCCUUUUCAGAUGGACAGAUCAUGGAUGGCCAGGUCAUCCAGCUGGAGGAUGGCUCUGCUGCCUAUGUCCAGCAUGUGUCCAUGCCUAAAGCAGGAAAUGACAGUUUACAGCUUGAAGAUGGGCAGGCGGUACAGCUGGAGGAUGGAACAACAGCCUACAUCCACACACCCAAGGACACAUACGAUCAGAGCAGCUUGCAGGAGGUGCAGCUGGAGGACGGCAGCACCGCCUACAUCCAGCACACUGUGCACAUGCCACAGCCCAACACCAUCCUGGCCAUCCAGGCUGACGGCACCAUUGCAGACCUGCAGGCUGAUGCCACUGCCAUUGACCCCGAGACCAUCAGUGUGCUGGAGCAGUACACUACCAAGGUGGAGAAUGUAGAGAAUCCCUUGGGACCCUUUGGCAGGGCGGAAACAGACAACGGUGUCCACAUGCGGAUUGUGGUUCAGGGUCAAGACGGCAGACAAGGAAGAGUCUCACACGUAGGAGAGAAGUCAUUCCGCUGUGAAUAUGAGGGCUGCGGAAAACUCUACACCACUGCCCACCAUCUCAAGGUACACGAGCGAUCCCACACUGGAGACAAGCCGUACGUCUGUGAAUAUCUUGGUUGUGGGAAGAAGUUUGCAACAGGGUAUGGACUGAAGAGUCACUCUCGCACACACACCGGGGAGAAGCCAUAUAGAUGUCAAGAGAUGAACUGCCGCAAGUCCUUCAAAACCUCUGGAGACCUCCAAAAGCACACUCGCACACAUACAGGAGAGAAGCCUUUCAAAUGCCCUGUGGAAGGCUGUGGCCGGUCAUUCACCACUUCCAAUAUCCGCAAAGUCCACAUUCGAACACACACUGGGGAGCGGCCGUACUACUGCUCUGAGCCGAGCUGUGGACGGUCCUUUGCCAGUGCCACCAAUUACAAGAACCACAUGAGGAUUCACACCGGAGAGAAGCCCUAUGUAUGUACUGUGCCUGGGUGUGAGAAGCGCUUCACAGAGUACUCCAGCCUUUACAAGCACCAUGUUGUCCAUACGCCCUGCAAGCCGUACAACUGCAACCACUGUGGCAAAACGUACAAGCAGAUCUCCACGCUGGCCAUGCACAAACGGACGGCUCACAACGACACAGAGCCCAUUGAAGAGGAGCAGGAGGCCUACUUCGAACCCCCAACAGAUGCCAUUGAUGACCCUAAUGUGACCUACGCAACAGCCGUGGUGGAGGCAGAGGACUCCGGCUCAGAGCAGGUUCCCGUGGAAAGCGCAGAGAUUCUCGGACAACAGCACGUUGCCUUGGUAACACAGGAAGACGGAACGCAACAGCAGGUCAGUAUCUCUGAAGCAGACUUACAGGCUAUGGGCGGCACAAUCACCAUGGUAACUCAAGAGGGCACGACCAUAACCAUCCCAGCCCAUGAGCUUGCAACGCAAGGGGCUCACUCUGUUACCAUGGUGACGACCGAUGGCUCAGAUGGACAGGUGGCCAUCAUGACACCUGACAUGGCCUCAUUCCAAGCUGUGGAUGAAGCAGGCUACAGUCAAGAACAAGAAGACGUUCAUCCUGUCACCUUAUUGGCCACCUCGAACGGCACUCACAUCGCUGUGCAGGUUGGUAGGCCAACACCAUAGGCAUCAAUAGACUGGUGGGGCUCAGUGAUCAGCCGUCGCUGGAGGAAGCCAUCAGAAUAGCAUCAAGAAUACAGCAAGGAGAGUCGCCUGGCCUGGAUGAUUGAUGGCAAAGAUAACCAGAUUAUGGACUGUGAUUAAGGGUCAAAACCAUCCACAUUGGACUAUAUCAAAGAGAAAAAUCACUCGUCUUCCUCCAUGUCUUUCCCCCACACAAAAGAACUUAGCUUUUAUGUACAUAGGUUUUUGAUAAUUGGAGUUCCGCUAUGCUAUUUUGUCCCUUAUCCAAACAAAUUGGAGAGGGGAAAGAUGCUUUCUAAUGUUUAUGGUGCACAGUGCACACUGCAAUGUACAGCUAAUGCUAUUUCUAA